UCGCAAAGCCAAUGACGAAAACUGUCGGAAAUACCGAUUUCGACUGUGAGGUUUCGUUUUAGUCCAAGCGGCUAACAUAAAAGUUGCACCGGUUUAAGUGGCAACGUAAUGUGCUAAAGUCAGCGUUAAGUGUUAUUUUAUUGUGUUAUGUCCCAGGAACUCUGCACGCCACUUAAUAAUGUCAACAGCAGGUCAGGUCAUUAAGUGUAAGGCAGCUGUUGCAUGGGAACCAGGGAAGCCUUUGGUCAUUGAAGAUGUGGAGGUGUCUCCACCAAAACCCCACGAAGUCCGCAUUAAGGUUGUUGCCACAGGUGUGUGCCACACCGACUGGGAGUACUUGUACAAGUCCGGUAAAGGGAUGAAAUUCCGACCGUUCCCGCUAGUUUUGGGACACGAAGGAGCGGGAGAGGUGGAAAGCGUCGGUCCGGGAGUGAGCAAAUUCUCAGCAGGUGAUAAAGUCAUUCCUCUAUUCUUGCCGCAGUGUGGCGAAUGCGAGCGUUGCCUCAGCCCGAAAACCAAUCACUGCAGGAAGAACUGGGCCAACACACAAGCGGGUGUCCUGGCCGAUGGCACCAGCAGGAUCUCCUGCAGAGGACAACAGGUGUUCCAAUUCCUGGGCGUGAGCUCCUUCUCACAGUACACCGUGGUUCCGGACACUUCCGUAGCGAAGAUAAGAAGCGACGCGCCGCUGGACAAAGUGUGUCUACUUGGCUGCGGAGUCUCCACCGGUUACGGCGCCGCCCUAAACGCGGGGAAGGUGGAGAAGGACUCCACGUGUGCCGUCUUCGGGUUAGGAGCGGUCGGUCUUGCCGCGGUGAUGGGCUGCCAGGUCGCCGGGGCGAAGAGGAUCAUCGGCAUCGACAUCAACCCCGACAAGUUCGAGAAGGCCAAACUGUUUGGGGCCACUGAUUGCGUCAACCCCCGGGAGCACAGCCGAGACAUCCAGGAGGUGCUGGUGGAGAUGACAGGCGGCGGCGUGGACUUCGCUCUGGAGUGUGUGGGCAAUCCUGACGUCAUGACCGCCGCGCUGGAGUCCACCACCGACGCUUGGGGCGUCUGCGUGGUCGCCGGCUGGACGGAGACCGAGGCGAUGAAGGUGGCGGUUGAAAAGAUACUCAUGGGUCGAACGCUGAAGGGGACAUAUUUUGGAGGCUGGAAAAGCGUGCGCGACAUUCCGAUGCUGGCGGACGACUACAUGAAGAAGAAGCUGAAGCUGGAUGAGUUCAUCACUCACACACUCCCACUGGGGCAAACUAAUGUGGCCUUUGACCUUUUGGCAUCUGGUAAAAGAAUGUUCCGCCAGCAGCAAAGGGGAUGACACAGACCACACAUGCUAUCAAGGUAGUGGAAGUUCCAUGCGUGACAGCUUCUAAGCCCGUGUUGUGUUUGCCCUGACAGCGGCGCUAGGGUAGUCAUUGUGAGAUUAGCGCUUAGGUGCUAUCACGGCACUCCUUUGUGUGUCUUUGGCGGUAUGCAGUUUGACGAGGAGGCGCCCCUAAAAAUAGUCCCAAAUUGACCUUUAUUCCAUCAAAAGGAGCGCGGUGGUUUGUCUUAGUCCCCGGACCGCACCCGUCACUAAAUCAACUUUUUAUGAAGCAAUACGAGGCGGUAAGAUUUCUUUAGGGCUCCGCGUGUGUAUUUACACUCUAAUCUCAGAGGGAAAGAUCACAAGGAGAGUACUUUGAGUUCUGGUUACACCUCGCAAACCUGCAUACGGCGCACGGAACUCCCAGGAAUGUCGACGGAGUUCACAAUAGUUGCUACUGUUCGGUGUUUGUUUUUGGUCUGUCGGGGUGGCGCCAAGGGCCAACUUUUAGAUUGCCACUGAAAUACACUACAAAGCCCAAAACCGGUGAAGUUGGCACGUUGUGUAAAUGGUAAAUAAAAACAGUGAUUUGCAGAUCCCUUUCAACGUAUAUUCAAUUUAAUAGACUGCAAAGACAAGAUACUUAACGUUCGAAAAAUGGAAAACAGUGUUAUUUUUUGCUCAUUUGGAAUUUGAUGCUUGCAACAUGUUUCAAAAUAGCUGGCACAAGUGGCAAAAAAGACUGGGAAAGUUGAGGAAUGCUCAUCAAACACUCUAAUAUUAUAAAUACUGACAAUUUAUUAAUGGACUCUAAAAGAGAGCUAAAACAAAAGUAGCAAAAUGAAAAAAUGAUAAAUAAAUAAUGUGACAACGCCUGCGUGCCGCCAGAAAACAAAAAGAAGAGGAAGGACGCCUACGUGCAAUCACUGCUAUCAUUGCUGAAGCUCCAUAACGACUAAAGAAAUGAAAAGUUUUGUCUGAAGAGACAAAAAAAAAAAAGAAAAAUGGAGCUAAUCUAGUAAAAUGUACAAAACCCAAAACCAGUGAAGUUGGCACGUUGUGUAAAUGGUAAAUAAAAACAGCGAUUUGCAAAUCCUUUUCAAUGUAUAUUCAAUUGAAUAGACUGCAAAGACAAGAUACUUAACGUUCGAAAUGGAAAACGUUGUUAUUUUUUGCAAAUAUUAGCUCAUUUGGAAUUUGAUGCUUGCAACAUGUUUCAAAAAAGCUGGCACAAGUGGCAAAAAAGACUAGGAAAGUUGAGGAAUGCUCAUCAA